AAAAUUGUCAUGUUUUUUUAAGUUCGCUCGCCGCGUUUUUUGCAGUGCGUUUUGCAAAAUACUUCCGCAAGUGAUGAGUUUCUAAACAAAUUAACCAACUCUAUGGAAUUAUGAGCUCGAGCUCGGUGCGUGUUAAGUUGUUGUUCUUUGCCAAAUCCCGCGAACUCGCGGGAAAGUCAAACGUGGAGGAUUUCCUCGUGCCACGGGCUGAAAUCAGGUGCUCGGAGUUGCUGGAUCUGAUAUGUAAUCAGUUCAACCUGUCGAUCAUCCGGAACAAUCUCAUACUAGCGCACAACGAGCAGUACUGUGACGAUCUGAGCGAAACCAUUCGCAUUCACAACGGAGACGAGCUGGCCGUAAUUCCUCCGAUAUCCGGUGGAUAA